AUGGCUGGCGGUGGGACGUGCCUGGAAUACCUCACCAGGGAGGCGUCCAAGAGGCAGAUGCCCGAGCAACCUCAGCUGGCUCCUCUCGACGACGCUCCUGAGGGUGUAGAGCUGGUCCAGUGUUCCACCACCAGGAUGAAAACCACACCGCUCUUCCUGAAUCUGCGUUCCUUGCCACCAAGGAGCUUUUUAACCACCUCGGUGCCCUCAUCCCCAGAGAUCAGAGAGUCUGACCCAGAGUCCCCAGGCUCAGUUUCCUCAAUGGAAGGCAUGAUUGAGGAGAUUGAGGAGGUCUUCGAACUUUCCAACAUUAGCGGUGGGAGUUCUCCUCCAGGGCUGAUUUGGUGGACACUAUGCGCUUUCAAUUCCUGGAUCCACAACGAAUCAAGAUCCGGAUGGACUGAUGCUUUAAGGACAUCGCUCAAUCAACCCUUGAACAACAGACUGAAGCUUGGUCUACACUCCACCGUACCUGUGCCGGCACCAACCAGUGGCACCAUUUCUCCUAGCCACCAGGCAUUCUGUUGGGAGUCCUCACUACCUGGCCAGCCUGAAACAGCACCCAGAGUCUCCCAGUGUUUCGACCAUGUAAAAACUCAAGUCUCUGAACAGAAGGAAUCUCCAAGGAAGAAGGUUGGAGUUGAUGGUGAUACACGGGCACGUCUCCCAGAGGUCAAAGCUAUACAACAAACUAGAAGGCUACUGGCCAAUGCCAGGGAGAGGACUCGUGUUCACACCAUCAGUGCUGCAUUUGAGGCACUAAGGAAACAGGUGCCAUGCUACUCCUAUGGACAGAAACUUUCCAAGCUUGCUAUUUUACGUAUUGCUUGCAACUAUAUUCUGUCUUUGGCUCACUUAGCUGAGCUUGACUACAGUCCAGAUCACAGCAGUGUGAGCUUCUCUCAGUGUGUGGAACAGUGUACCAGGACCCUACAGGCUGAAGGGAGGAGCAAAAAAAGGAAGGAGUGAUGAUCUUGGAGGCGAGUUGAAGAAAAACCAUUGAAUCUGAAGUGGAAGAAGUGGAUGAAUACAGAAAAGUUUGACUUAUGCAUUUCAUAAGUUGUCUGUUUAUACCCAAUUGUGAAACUGAGUCUGUGUCACAUAGUUCAGGAUACAACGUUAACCAUGGAAAGUACCAAUAGAAUCAUACAGGUACAGUAUUGUUAAUGAUUAUUGUAGAUUUUGACUAUUGUAAGAUAUCAAUUUGUCUUUUUUUUCUCCAAAUAACAAAUUUAAAUACAUACAGCAAAUAAUGACCAAACUUCUGACCAGCACAUUAAUGUACACAAUAAAAAUUUAUUCACCCACUUGGAGAUUUAUUCAUGAAAUAGCUGAUUUACUUCAAUUUUUAGAAAGCUGAUUUGAGUUUGGAUAUUACCAAGUUUGAUAAUUGUGAAACCUGCACCAUCAGGUAAUCAGUCAAAUAAAAUGUCUGGCAUAUUUUCAGACAUGUGAUCUAGUACACCAAAGCAUAUUAAAAGAUCAGGUGCUUUUCAACUAAACCUUUCUAACUGGUCCACCCCAGCAAGAUUAAUUUUCCAUUGGCAGAUUCGGUGCUGUUCUGCCUGGCUGUUUUCAGAUUUUUGUACCUACUUCAGGGGUAGUACGAGGCGCACCGAACCAGGUACGGCACCAGAACGAUUUGAUUAACAGCUGCCAGCAUUUGUUGAUUGGCUCUUGAUUUAUGUCACUGAAAUCUCCAAAAUAAUAUUAUAAUUUAGCUGUGGAGAGCUGCUCAUAGCUUAACUAUGAGUUUAAUCAGCAGCAGCGCCAGAAACACAUGCGGUAAGUUUGGCAACGGAAUGACCGUGAUUUAGCAGCGCUGUAAGCAGCUGGUAUCUCUGAAGAACAACCGCAGUUUUGUGCCGACAGUAUGAAACAUAGUCAAACAUUUCUGAAAAGAAGAGUGGACUGAAAUUCCUCUAAAGCCGUUUAAGAGUCACUGCCAGCAAUCAUAAAUCCUUGAUAGCAGCAUAAAAUGAGCCAGUUUUAAGAAUGCACGAUAUUAGAUUUUUGGUCACUAUGCGAUAUGACAAUAUUCUAAAACUCAUUUGGCCGAUAGCCGAUACCAAUACCGAUAUUUUUUCGUAUACCUACUUACUGAAACUAUAUGGCUUUCUCUGCUGUGGAGUUAAAAUACUGCAUUCUCUUUGUCAAUUUAGACUGCUACCAAAUGCAAAUGCUAAAAAGGAGGCUGAAAAUGAUUUAAUACUUUCCACUUGCAUUGUUUAAUGUCAAAUUUAUUCAUAACAUUUGCUCUCUAAGACAAUGACAACAUUCAAACAGUGCAAAUUUGACAUUGUGGUGUGCUGUAGGUGUCAUUGUCACUGGUGUGUCAUAUUGUUAGAAAGCCCACACUGUUUAUACUUAGUCUGUGUAUUAUAUUAUUAUGUUUUGCCGUUCUAUCAUUGUACGUUCUAAUUUUCUAUGUUAUUGGACUCAUCAUAGUUGUACAGACACCCUUUGAAUGCACCACAGAUCUGCGACGUUGAGCAGCAGCAACACUUUUCUGCAUUUUUUCCUCGGUGCAGCGGUAGAGGAGAUUUUACCUUUAUGUCUUGGUUUGUCGUUGUGUGUGAAUUUCCAAAAUGUGAGCUUCAUUACUUUGUUGUGUUGUGGGUUUGGUACAGCCGAGCGUAUUGGUUUAAUUCUGAAUGCGCUGAAGUUUUUCCGUCUUAGAGCUCCGUCUAGUUUGCUAUGCUGAUUUGCGUUUGUAAAAUUCAGCUUGAUUUAAAGCGGAACUCACAAUAUACUCAAGGGGGAUCGGUCACAGGAAUCAGGUAAAAUAUGUUACACCAUUUAAUUUGAUAAGAAAAUAAAUAUCCAACCACUCAAUAUGAAAUUUGUUGAUUUUUAACAACAAUGAUUUAUUCAAAAAACCACAAUAAGAAAUAAUAACAUCUAUUCUGAUAAGUAGAUCAGUAACCAAAAAUCCCUCAAAAAUAAUUAUAAGUUAGAUUUAAAUCAUUCAGUUUAUGCCAGCAAAAAAACCUAAAUAAUUAAAUGUCCAAAAAAGUCCGUUCUUUUUUAAUCAGAAUAAUGUCCGCAAAGGAGUUCCAUAUCUUCACAUCCAUAUCUCAGGUCCCUCUUGAAAAUGAGAUCUAGAUCUCAACGGGGUUUACCGGAUUAAAUAAAUAUAUCCUCAAAAAACAAAACAAAGUCGUGGAAAGUAUUUCCCCGUUUUAAUCCAAAAUGAAAAAUCCAAAACGUCAAAAAAAAAGAGAGAAAAAAAGAGUGGUACCACCAAAAAAAAAACAAAAGAAAAGUAAAGUCCAGAACUCACCGGGAGCAUCUUUCUUUCCCCUCGGUGUCUUCUCUCACCGGACGGCGUUUCCUGGGUGCAAGCUCCGAUCCAGUUUCUAAAACGCACAAUCUGCGGCGCUGGGGCGAACUUUGACUACUGUUUUAUGUCUUUUCUUUCUUUUUUUUUUUUUUUACUUGUUUUAAACAUUCAAUCAAGUCUACCGCUGCACAGAUCUGACGGUGUGCGUCGUCCUCUCCGGUUGCGCCGACGCACACGCCCCUUUUUAUUUACUAAUUUCAACCACACCUAAAACCAGUAUGAUGCUGCCCAAAAAUCCGUUUUGAACAGUGGAAACUUGUAAUAAUUUUAACAAUCACGUAACAUCACCUGUUCUACAAAACAGUUUGAUACAUUUACUCUUUAAUGUAUUUAUUCAGAAAAAAACAAACAUAGUGGUUAUGUUAAUGGUUUAGUUGAUUUGUUGUUCGGCUUUUGGGACAGUUUGACUGAAACAAUAUUUUGCGUGUAACUUUUGUGUUAUGUUUUGUUUAUACUACUAUAUUGAUUAUUAUUUGUCUAUUGUUGUUUCGGACCAUCUACUUGACAAAUUCCUACAUAAUAAAUGCAUCUGAAAUAAACCAUU